AUGCCUCUCUCUUUCUGUUUGGUUUGCGAAUUGCUUGACCGGUGUUAUGAUCUUUCUCUCGCUAGAAAGGGUUGCUCCAGCGCCGUUGUAGAGUGGUUUAACAAGCAUCGCAACUAUGUCGACGCCCACGAUACCAGCCUCUCGGCACUGUUAUCGACCUUACUCCCAGACAAGAGAACCGAUAGAGUCUAUUGUAUCCAGGCUCCGAGUCUGGAGAGAAUCAUCGGCCGUGCAUGUCUUCUAGGGGCAUCACGUAUAGCCGAACUGGCUCGAUUCCGUCAGCCGGGUUCCGGUGUUGAUCUCGCAGACUGUGUUCAUCGCAUUCUGACUGUAACACCGAGUCCAGGGUACAGCCAGAGAGAUGCUGUUACUGUAGAAGAGAUCGACGAGCUCCUGCACUCGCUCGCCUCAAAAGUGAGAUGGAGUUCCCCCUCGAUUCGCGCUUCACAGGCCAGCAUGACCGCGAGAAACAGAACGGAUGUCGAGCUCAUGUACAGAAGACUAAGCGCAGUAGAAGCCAAGUGGUUUACAAGGCUGAUUCUCAAAAGCUAUCAACCACUGGUAUUAGACCCGCAUCUCAUAUACCGUCUUUGCAACCCUCUCCUUCCUUGCGUUCUCAAGGUUCAAGACGACUUUGCUACUGCGAUCGCGACUGCACAAACUUUGCGAAGGAGAUUACUCCCAAAUUCUGGACGACAAACGCCGCGUGAGCAAACAAUGAGCACGGUGAAACCUCAAUUGGGUAUCAAGAUUGGGCGACUGCCUUGGAUUAAAGGUCGCAGUAUCAAGCAUUGUUUAGAUAUGGGACACGGGCGUAUGAGUGUGGAGGAAAAGAUCGAUGGCGAAUACUGCCAAAUUCAUAUAGACCCAAGUAAAGGAGAUCAAUGCAUCCAGAUAUUUUCCAAAAGCGGUAAAGACAGCACUGAAGACAGGGUUGCACUUCAUGGGACAAUACUAGAAUCACUCAAAAUUGGACAGCCCGACGCUAGAGUCACCAAGGCUUGUAUAUUGGAAGGGGAGUUGGUUGUGUAUGAUGAUUCUCAACAUAAAAUACUCCCAUUUCAUAAAAUCAGGAAGCAUGUAUCGCGGAGAGGUGUGUUUUUACGCACAGAUCUAGACUCACUGCCUGGACCGCAGGAACACUUAAUGAUUGUUUAUUAUGACAUAAUGCUUCUAGAAGACCAAUCACUGAUCAACAUAAGACACUCGGAGAGGUUCAAAAUUCUGUCGAAUCUCGUCUGUUGUCGUAAAGGAUGGGCAGAACUGGUCCCUCGGCAAGUUGUUGAUUUUGGCCAACCACUUGGUGUAUCGACCUUACGCAAAACGUUUGCCUUGACCAUAUUGGCUCGAAAAGAAGGCCUUGUCUUGAAACCGGACGAGCCAUACUUUGACUUCAAAGAUCAGCGACGGAAAUACUCGAGUUGCUGCAUCAAACUCAAGAAAGAGUACAUUGGGAACUUUGGAGAUGUUGGCGACUUUGCAGUUGUUGGGGCUAAGUACGACUCCGCAAAAGCAAUAUCCUACCGAAUACCUGGGUUAAAAUGGACGCAUUUCUAUCUUGGCUGCCUCGACAAUCGAGAGGCGGUUAGAAAUUGGAGGGCCAAGCCAGAAUUCACGAUCGUCAACGUUGUUGAACUCAACGAAACACUUCUCAGGGAGGUUAUUACCUACUCAAACCCAGAGCCCGUUGCUCCGACAGAUAAUACAGCCAUCGUUCUCAAGCAAGCCCCUGGUGUUGAACAAGGGUCACCUCCCACUGUUAUAUUCACUAGACCGCUGGUGUUUGACCUCAAAUGCUUUAGCUUUGAUAGAGUGGGCAAUACUGGAUUUUGGAGCCUGCGAUUUCCUUCGGUGACAAAAGUUCACUUUGAUCGGGAUUUCACUGACACAAUAUCCUUUGAAGAGUUACAAAAGCUGGCUAAGGAUGCAACUACAGCGGCUGAGCUGGAGGAUAGUCAGGAGAACUUGCAAUGGAUUGCCAAGCUUGAGGCAGCCGACCCACGUGGAAUUGCAGUUGAUGCUGCUAGCCAGUUGACAGUGACAACUAUGCCAACACCAUCACCUCGAAAAUCAACACAGAAUACCACUUCUACAUGGUCUCCCGCUUCUCCCCUGGCGACAAGAUCACCCGUGGGCAAUACCAUCAGCCCCUGCCGUGAUAGGUUCGAAAGAUUGCGUCCUUUGUUUCUAUCUACUGCCGCAGCUGCGCUACCAACACCCGCUGCACCACUUACUUCGCCCACCGAGCACCGUGCACAGAAACGUGAUCUGCUCAUUGUACAGGAAGCAUCGCCGCAUAAACGCCCGAAGCUUGACACUGAAUCACCACCGAAACACAAGCACAUACCUGGCAGCACAAGCAAUUAUCAACUGCGCGAACCUCUCGCCGGUAUUGGUGAUAAUUCGCAAUCUCAGCCCGUCAUGACUACUUGCGCAUCUCCUUCUACCUCUUUCGCCCCUGACGAUCCCAACUCGGAUGAAAAUGAUGUUCCGGAAUUGAAGGUCGACUUUGACCCUGAGUAUGACAUUCGUUCUGAAAACGAUCUUGAGACCGAAACAGAGUUUUGCCGCGAUAAACCAGCCAAAAAGAUCGUUGUUACAGACCCGAACAUCUGCGUCUAUGUGGGCGAGAAGUGUGCGUUUGCGAAAGCAGAGGUGUUGAUUUCACCUGGACUUCUCAGCAAUUCGAAAGCCAGGACACUCUUUGAGCUUCACGGGAUUGUCAAUCCAGUCGAGAAAAUUGAUGCUUGGCUCAAAAGGGAGAAGUCAGGCAAAGAGAAAGAGACAAAGAAGGACAGCGCCAAGAUUUUUCUUUUGUGUCAAUCAGACGACAAAGAGGCAACAAAGUUCCUCUUUGACAAAAUCCAGAAAGUAAGAGAGACUACCCCGCGCGAACGACAGAACUGGAUUCAUGUUUACGACUGGCGUGUUUUGCAACAUGUGACAAUCCAGGAGGAUGACGCUGUCCAACCCAAAGAUUACGAUGGAUUCCAUACCCCGUGGGAGCGCUGGCGCAUUGGACCUGGACUUAUCUGA